AUGGGCAUAUAUAUGGAUAUGUAUUUACCAACAAGUGUCAACGAGGCCGCCGAAUUCGUGGUGGCCAACAGCGCCAUUCAACGGGCACCUGUCCUCUCCUCCUCUCCUCCUCUCCUCAACAACGCGCCCGUGCACUAUAUCCGCUAUACAUACAUGGACCAGCCCCCCCCCUCCUCUCCACCACCCUCAGGCCAGGCGCGAGGUUGUCUCGAGGCGGUGCGUGUGGCAAGCAUCAACAACAACCAGACAAGAAAGGUCAAGACUGCGCUGCCUUUGUGGCGUGACGGGUGCUUACCGCGCUACAGUACAUACAACGCUCUCAGAAUAGAACAACGCAAAAACCUGAUGACGGAGACGACGGCUGAGCUAGUUAGGCUCCGCGUUUCCCGAGUGCGACGCUGCGACUGA